CCGCCGAAUACACAAUGAAUCACUUAAGUCUGGAGAUUAUCUGCUGGAGCUGUCUGCUCAUUACAAUAGCUUCAAAAACGGAAGCAGCUUCGGUUUGGAGAUUACCAACGUCGGAACAAGUUUACGAGGAUCUGGAAAACUGUCGCCAAGAAAGCCAGGAGGAAGAUGCAGCCACCCUGAGGUGUUUGGUAAAAAGACUAGGACUUUGGACGGAUGAGAGAGGCUACAAUGCCAAGCGCAUAGCAAAGAUCUUCGCCGGGCACAACCAGAUGGAGGAACUGAUGCUGGUGGUGGACUACUGCAAUCGGAAGGAGCGGAAGGAAACGCAGUUGGAUGACUGGUCCUUUCAGGCCUACAGGUGCGCCACUUCCGGCCAGUUUGGCCAUUGGGUCAAGGAUUUCAUGACCCAAAAGGAAGUGCAACAUUAUUAAAGAUACAAGUCUUUUUUUAAAUAAAAUUUAGAGUAGGCAUUUCGUAUAAUUAUUCUAAGCAUUAUAAGUCUCAAGUUCCUUGAACAUAAAAUAAUGUAUAAUUAUCAAUUACAAAUAAAUAAAAGAAAAAGUGUA